AAAUAUAGGAUGCUGACGGACAGUGAAUAUAUUAAAGGCAUUAAGCACGGUGUAUAUAAAACAGAUCCGCAAGCAUUCGUUUCAUAUUUAACUGUGAUGCAGGUUUGUAACUCUCUUCUUCAGUUAAAUAUCACGUGCAACGUAUGUUUUACUCUAAACGCUAGUAUUUUAAGUCAUGCUUUAAUGUCAUUUACAAGUUCGUAUAAAAAAAGUCUCAGACAUCCGUCACUGUAUCUUCUGUAACGGAAGUAUGUUCAAGUCAAGCUGACGAUGCAGUCUGCAGGGCGUUCCUUUGAUGCUCCUGAAGGAAAAAGAUCAGUUUUAAAACAUAAAGUAACGGAUGAAUGUCCAUUAAGAGCUCAGUGUUCUGUCCAAAACGGCCUGUGCUGUUGAACACCAAACACAAAACACACUCUUUCCGAUUCGGUGUGUUGCUCGAACAUCAGCAGGCUGGUUGGCUAAAACAUCCAUCCUCUAAAAUCCGCCCGUUGUAUGAAACACUCGAUGUAUGUGCGACUGUUUGGCAUCAGGACACAAACAUAUAGGACCCUGAUGGUAUAUGCAGAAGUCUAGCAAGUCAUCUCCGAAGAAAAAUAACGCGUGAAAAACAAAAACAAACGUCGCUUUCUGAUGACGCCCCCAAACGUUGCACGCACGCUGAGUUUGGGAAAUUGAGUUCAUCGAAGUGACGAUGUAGUUUAGACUGACUCUACGACUUCCUUCUUCGAACUACAAAUCCCAUUUUGUUACGCAGCUGCCGGAAGUUGGCUGUCAUGAACGCUAGGUCGACAGGUAUGUUUUCAUGUGAGGUUUCUGGGCCUUCACUGCGGCGGAUAUGGAUCCCUUCGCCUAGCCGUUUUUGUUGAAAACAUAGAUAUUGCGAUAUACACGCAGCUGAAAACAUGUUCGGCCGUUCGAGGAGCUGGGUCGGAGGACAGGGGAAGUCCAAAAACAUUCACUCUUUGGACCAUUUAAAGUAUAUGUACCAUGUUCUUACGAAGAACACAACAGUGACUGAUCACAACAGAAACCUACUGGUGGAAACCAUCCGCUCCAUUACUGAGAUUCUUAUCUGGGGAGAUCAGAAUGACAGCUCUGUGUUUGACUUCUUUUUGGAGAAGAACAUGUUUGCAUUUUUUCUCAACAUACUCCGGCAGAAAUCCGGACGCUAUGUGUGUGUCCAGCUUCUACAAACGCUUAACAUUCUUUUUGAGAACAUAAGUCAUGAGACCUCUCUCUAUUACUUGCUCUCCAAUAAUCAUGUCAAUUCCAUCAUUGUGCAUAAAUUCGACUUCUCUGAUGAGGAAAUCAUGGCCUACUAUAUCUCCUUUUUGAAGACUUUGUCUUUGAAGCUCAACAACCACACGGUGCACUUCUUCUACAAUGAGCACACUAAUGAUUUUGCCCUGUACACGGAGGCCAUUAAGUUUUUCAACCACCCAGAGAGCAUGGUCAGGAUCGCAGUCAGGACCAUCACGCUCAAUGUGUAUAAAGUGUCAUUGGACAACCAGCACAUGCUGCAUUACAUCCGGGACAAAACAGCUGUGCCCUAUUUCUCCAACUUGGUCUGGUUUAUAGGCAGUCAUGUCAUAGAACUGGACAAGUGUGUGCAGACAGAUGAAGAGCAUAAGAACAGAGGAAAACUGAGUGACCUGGUAGCUGAGCAUCUGGACCACCUUCACUAUCUGAAUGACAUCCUUAUCAUCAACUGUGAGUUUCUUAAUGAUGUGCUGACCGACCACCUGCUCAACCGGCUCUUCCUGCCCCUCUAUGCGUACUCUCUGGUCACCGAAGAGCAGUCAGAAGAGCGCAAGAUCAACCCUCAGGUGUCACUCUACCUGCUGUCACAGGUGUUCCUGAUCAUCCAUUACCGGCCGCUGGUCAAUGCCCUGGCCGAUGUUAUACUGAAUGGAGAUCUGUCCAUGUUCUCCGUGCAAACGGAGCAAAGUGCUCACAAAAGUUCGAGCAAUGCUGGUGUGCGUCGCUUUACCAAGCCGGCAGAAAGUCUGGAGCGUUCUUUAGAGAUGAGCCGUCACAGGGGCAGGAAGAAGACUCAGAAAAGACCUAACUACAAGAACGUGGGUGAAGAAGAGGAGGAGGAGAGGGGAACGGAGGAAGGUCAGGAUGAAGAGAAGGAAAAGGCUAAAGGUACAGAAGGUAGCUCAAAGGCCAGCAGGACAAGUGGGGUUAAGGAAGAGAUUGAGAUGGUGGUGAUGGAGAAGUGCAGGAUCUCUGAUGUGUCCACGUUAACGGAACAAAACAUUACAGAUGAGGAGAAGAGCGCUGCGGCUGCUAGAUCUGAAGUCCAGAAGAACAGGCCCUUCCUGGACAUGUUGUAUAAUUCACUGGAUUGCGACACUGAUGAUUACCAGGCUCUGUUUGUGCUUUGUCUUCUUUAUGCCGUAUCUCACAGUAAAGGUAUAAACCUGGAGCUCCUAGAGAAGAUCCAGCUGCCCGUGCCAAAUGAGGAGAGGAACUUUUACAGCCAGGUGUUAGUGGAGAGAGUGAUUCGUAUCAUGAGCCAGGCCGCUCAGCCAGAUGGGAAGGUGCGUCUUGCCACCCUGGAGUUGAGCUGUCUCCUCCUGAAACAGUCGGUCCUGUGUAGCUCUCAGUGCAUUAUAAAGGACGUCCAUUUGGCCUGUUUGGAGGGUGCUCGAGAAGAAAGUCUUCACCUAUUGAGGAGAUUUUAUAAGGGGGAGGAGAUUUUCCUGGACAUGUUUGAGGAUGAAUACAGGAGCAUGAUGAGUAAACCCCUGAACGUGGAGUAUCUUAUGAUGGAUGCGUCCAUUUUACUGCCUCCCACCGGCACCCCCCUUACUGGCAUUGACUUUGUGAAGAGACUGCCGUGUGGAGAUGUGGAGAGGACACGCAGGGCUAUUCGUGUGUUCUUCAUGCUGCGCGCGCUAUCCAUGCAGCUACAGGUUGAACCAGAGACUCAGCUUCCUCUCACUCGACCGGAGGAUCUCAUCAAGACGGACGAUGUGCUUGACCUCAAUAACAGUGAUCUUAUCGCUUGUAUGGUGGUGAGCAAAGAUGGGGUUCAAGCUCAGCGCUUUCUGUCUGUGGACGUGUACCAGAUGAGUCUUGUUGAACCAGAUUCCAAGCGUCUGGGCUGGGGUGUUGUCAAGUUUGCCGGCCUCCUACAGGACAUGCAGGUUUCCGGGGUGGAAGAUGACAGCAGGGCUUUGAACAUUAUCAUUCACAAGCCCACAUCUAACCCUCACGCCAAGCCUGUCCCCAUCCUGCAGGCCAACUUCAUCUUCGCAGAUCAUAUUCGCUGCAUCAUCGCCAAACAGCGGCUCGCCAAGGGGCGCAUCCAGGCCAGGCGCAUGAAAAUGCAGCGGAUAGCAGCUCUACUGGACCUCCCAGUUCAGCCUUCUACUGAGGUGUUGGGCUUCAGCCAGCCACCCGUUGCAUCAUCACUGCUGCCUUUUCGUUUCUAUGACCAGUCCAGACGAGGCUCAGCCUUCGCCUCUGUAGAUAAAGUUCCAGGUUUUGCAGUUGCUCAAGUUGCCCAGCAUAGCGCCACAUCAACCUCUUCUCCCUCGCCACCUUCUACCGAAAACACUGGACCCUACGACUCGACCGCAAGCAGCGGUGCAUCCACACACACUGUCACACAGAGUCAAACAGGGUUUGCCCUGGCGCCAAGCCUCACCCCUACGCCGCAGCCCACCAUCUCUCUACUGUCUGACAAUGAUGCCGAAACUCUGAGCGUCGACUCCAUGACCCUACUUCCUCCCACUGACCCACCUCGCCUACGCUCCUUCAGCACCCAAUCAUCCGUCCAGGACGAGCCACCUGCAGACCGUGAUGAGAUGACGACCCUCGGAUGCAUAGAAGACGACGGCGAACGAUCAACAGACAUGCAGGAGGACAAAAAGGACAUUUCGGUUAUAACCGAGGAGGACGAGGUAUCUCCUGAGUCUGGACCAUCAGAAAUGAACUCGCUUGAGGAUACAACGCAAGUCAGGGAAUCUGUGGAGACGGACCCAAUAGGUGACAGAGAGAACAACCCAGAUCUAGAGGAGGAGACUGCGAUUGACUGAUGGAUGUAGUUCAUUACAAUUCUCGGAAAAAGAUUAUCCAGAAAUACUUAAACUCUGAGCCCAAAUGUUUACCGAAGGUCAUUCCAUGCACAUUCAGUGAUCUGCAUUCAUCUUGCACGGUCACCGAUUGUGUCCUAGAAUUGCACAGGCUAGUAAAGCUAGUUUGUACCUGCUUCUGGCAUUAGAGAUUCAGGCGCUCAUUGUUUCAGCUGUGGGUAGACAGUCACUAUAUCAACACUGCGGUUCCAAAUACCUUCCUUUACAUCAAGACUGUAAUGUAUUUCAGCAGAAAACAGCGCUCUUAUUAGAACAAUGAUGUUAUUGAGAGUUUAUGGGAGUCGCUCAAAGCACAGCCGUGUGUGUGCGCGUGCAUGUGUGUUUGUGUGUGUAUUGUUCUUUCGAUGGUGCUAAGAGAGAACCAGCCGCGUGUUUGUGGGAGUUUCUGAUUGUUUGUUUGCGUGUAUGGUUUUAUGAUACUGCGCAGGCAGACAUGAAAGGUUAUCUUUAUAUAAAUAUGUAAAAAAAAUUGGUUGGUUAGCGGGGAAUGCCCACUUUUGCUAGUCUUAACACUGAAGAAUGUACGAAGACCUGUGGGUCGGUUUAGCAGUGCUCUUUUCUGAAGGCAUAUUUUAAUUCGACUGAACGUUUGUUUGCACUUCAGCAGUGGGGUUUUAACAGCUGUUGUUUUGUCUUUAAGAGAUUGUAAAAAAACUCAUAUGAGCUUAAUCAGAUUUGUCUUGUGUUUAUUGGUCAGUUCAUUUAAGAUGUUUAAAGCACCCAUAAACCCAUUGACCCGAAUGACUCAUACGGCAUUGAUUUAAAAUACAGAGUUCUGUUAUUGGGAGUUUCUGUCACUGCCACCUUCACACAUUUGUUUUAUUCAGUAAUCUGCUAACACUUUUCAAACUGAUUUAUGUACUUUGAUGUAAAACGACCUCCAUUUUUAUAAAAUGAGACCACAUUUACUUUUUAUGUGGAUUUGAAUGUUAAUACUUUAACACACUUGAUAUUCCAGGAUUCAUCAAGAUAUUUUGCUGAACAUGCAUAAUUGAAGCUGGCUGUGAUGUAGUUGUGGAUUCUUUUUGGUGUGCAAUAACGGUCAUUUAAGAUGAAUAUAAAGUCAUUUAUUUUACUUACAGAUUCAAGUAGUUUGACUGUUACAACUAAUGGACUGAAAUGUAAAAUAUGAUGGUAGCACAUUGUGAGACACUUAUUCUUUCUGUUCAGCACUGAAACAGGCGGUGUGGUAGCUACACCCAGAUUUAACCUUUAUUGACUGAAUUUCAAAAAUAUUACAGUAAAGCAAUACAGUUAAUUCUGCUUAUUUCAGUAUUUUGAAGUUGUGUUUGUUGAAAAAUAAGGCAUUGGGGCAUAAAACAAGUCUUAGUUUAUGUGUAGUGUAAAAUUUUGUUUUUGGUUUAAUAUUAUAAUUUACCAACUGGAGCUAUCAAGGUCAUGCAAUAAAUUAUUCUGAUGUA